CCUGGAGGGCUGAAGUUGUUUAACAGCGGCGGACGCGGGAGAAUUCGAAUCGCUUCCGGUGAGCGCCGAGCGGCCGGGUUCCGUGGGUGGAAGAAGAAUUCUACCUUUUGAGCAAGCUUAAACUGGUCAGUGUCAAAAAUGCGUGGUUGGAGAGUGAAUGCCUGUGUAGGACAACAAGUGACAUCAUCGUAAUUGCUCACCAUCAGCCUACGUGAAUUGCAAAACAUUACAACAUGGAAAGACGAGAGGCGUUUCUGCAGGCUGUAUUUAAUAGUGCCGUUGAUGAAUUCUUGAAUUUUAUUCAGCUUCACAAGGAUCCGGCUAAUUCGUUUGAUCUGAACGAGCUGCUCCAAGAACUGUCAAGAAAGCAGAGGGAAGCAUUAUGGGAGAAGUUAAAGCACUUGUUGACACAGGUUUUGGUGGAUGACCCAGUAGAAGCAUGGCAGAGAAUUGACAAAGAAUGUGAUGACAACAUGGAAACUGAGGGAGCACCCCAAAAGGAGCAAACCACAGAUGUAAUCCAAGGUGUGACAAUAGUAGUCACUUUCUCCAUACCUACAGUUGAUGAAAACAUAAAUUGCAAAGAUCUCCUCGAAUGUGCUUUGAUAUUAAAUGAGAUUCUUUAUGCUCUACCGGACUCUGAGAAAUCUCUGGCUGGGGCUAUCCAACACCUUUGCGAACGAUGGUGGCAGAAGGGCCUCGAAGGGAAAGAGCGCUUUGGGAAGACCGCUUUCACCCUUGUGCUGAAAAACAGCUUUGAGAAGAAAAACAUCGUGGGGGCAGAUAUAAUCCAUCUAUGGCAAAUUCAUCGUGCUUUACUGUGCUUCGAUUACGACUCCGAAGAGAGCAAUGACGUGAAGAAUUUAUUACUGCGCUGCUUUUUGAGCGUCAACCAUAUUAAAAAAGAAGAGGGGAGAAGAUUCCUGAGUUUUCUCUUCACAUGGAAUGUAAAUUUCAUUAAAAUGAUACAUGGGACUGUGAAAAACCAAUUGCUGUGCUUUCCUAGCAUGGCUGUUGUCUGUGCCGAUCCCACGAUCGGCAGCAGAUCCUUUGUCCUCCGACAGAAAAGUUGGUUAGAUCCAUCCUGUGGAAACUGUAUUGGUGAUGGUGAAGGCAACAGAUGA